AUUGGGAGCUGAACGAUUGAUAGCUUUUCCCCGUGGAAACAUAUUGGGAAAUGUCGAGUUACACUCCUGUACAAAAGUCAUUGAUAGCUGUAGGAGUUUUCAUCGGCUUCAUACUUCUCGUCGUGAUUCUUCUGAGGAUCUUCGGUAGAUUUUUCUGCCCGGAGAAAGUGACAGAACGAUUACCACGGAGGUUCCAACCUUUCUUCGAGAUCUACACGAGCAAUUCUUACGACUUUAGAGGGAGACUGGCAUCUCUCAGCUCCGUCUCGGUAGAUAAUCCAUGUUACGAGCGUUUCGAUCAACCAAAGAGGAGAAUGACAGAGGAGACCGAGCCAUCUAUGAGGACUCGUGAGAAUUCUUCAGAGCUCAUCGUCGACGCCGCGCGCCUUGAGAAAACACGGUCGGUUUUCGAGAAGUUUGUAACUGAUAAUUGACCCGAUCCGGCGAUAUCGGAUAUUUCUGUAUACUCUGUACAAAAUCACGUAACGCCAAUAGAUUCA